UCGCGCUUCAUAAACCCAUUUCUGCACUCUGUUACACCUCCACCUUUUCCACUACCUCCAACGGAAAAACUUCCACCAUUUUCUCUCUCCUCUACUCUACACUCACUUUCUCUCUCCUCAACUCCGCCCUUACUUCCACCUUUCCACGCCCGAGAAUUUCGCCUCUCUCUUUUCAAGUGUUGCCGGGGACGCCGGGAAUUGCUUUUGAUCGUCUAUAAGGAUGGGUGCUGGUAGAAAGACAGAAUCUGUCGUGUUGCAGAAUAAGCCACCUCCGCAGCAGACAAUUAAUCAUCAUCCCUGGUCGGCUCGUGGUUUACUGAAGAAGGACCUGGCUGCUGUAAUAUUUGGAUGCAAGUAUUCCACUAUGAAUGAAUGCCAUUUAAAACUGUUAUUUGGCUUACCCGAAGCACAUUUUAAGUAUGUGCACCAUGUUACUCCAGGCAUGCCUCUUUUCCUAUUCAACUACAGUGAUAGGAAACUUCAUGGGAUAUAUGAGGCAAUAUCUCCUGGACAACUGAAUAUUAAUCAAUAUGCCUGGACCUUAGAUGGCGAAAAACAUACCCCUUUCCCCGCACAGGUUCGUGUGAAGGUUCGUACGCAGUGCCGCCCUCUAAGUGAAGAGCAGUACAAGCCUAUUCUUGUUAAUAAUUACAGCAGCCAUGAGCCGAACCAUUUUUGGUUUGAGUUGGACAAAAUUCAAACCAAUAAGUUAAUCUCUUUGUUCUUAGCUUCUCCAAUUAGCCAAAGUGUUGCUGUCCCUCGCAUUACAGCUAAGUCGGGUACUCUGUUUAAACAACCUGUUGCUCCAAUUGUUCACCAAGAAGUUUGCAACUUGGGAAAUGGUAAAGGUAAACAAAGAGUGGCAGCUGCAGCGGAUCAAGAUGUAGUGGAGAAGCAGCGAAAUGUUGCUACUUUCCAUGAAGGGAAAUCGUGGAGCUCUUUGUUUAAACACCUGUCCGAUUCUACUUCGAAAAAGAAAGAUGAAGAUUCCAAUAGUGAGGGUUUUUCCAACAUGUCAGAAGAUGAAGCUUCUCCCGCUAUGUCUGAAGAUGUUAGCGUGGAUGAAACUCCUCCUGUUAUGUCCGAAGCCAUUUAUGUGGAUGAAGCUCCUUCUCUUAUGUUCGAAGCCAUUUGUGCUGGUGAAGCUCUUGACGUGUCAGAAAAAAGUCAUAUGACCUGUGUUGAUGAAGCACAUUUUCCAUCAGAAGUGAGUUGUUUUAUUCCGUCAGAAGUUGAUUAUUUUGUUGAGGAAAUCAGUUCACACUUGCAGUCAAGUGAUCAUAUUGGUGUAAUUAAGUUGAUCCAGGCAAUCGGGGAGAUGAAAGCAUUACAGUUGGAUCAAACACGGAAAAUCCAGAGCUUGGAGCAGGAUUUGGUAGAAACCAAAAAAAGAGUUCAUGAGUUGGAAAACUUUCAUCGGGAAUCGGGGAAGUACAUACCCUCUCAUUCAACUGUAGAAACCAAAAAAAGAAUUCAUGAGUUGGAAAACUUUCAUCAGGAAUCGGGGAAGUUCAUACCCUCUCAUUCAACUGUGCAUGUUGAGGACUCGCAGUUCCAGAGUAUUUCUCAAGAUUCCUGUCACUCCAUGCUUUUAGUGGGCGGAUUUAGUGGCUCCUCCUGGCUACAGAACUUGGAUUUGUACGUGCCUUCCAAGGAUGUGAUAACAUCUCUUGAACCAAUGAGUUCUAUCCGGCCAUAUGCUUCGGUGGUGAAACUUAAGGAUGCAUUAUAUGUUUUAGGAGGAGGAUAUGGUACAUCCUGGUAUGACACAGUUGAUUCCUACAACUUGGAAUACAAUAAAUGGAUGAGUUGCCCUUUGUUGACUAAGAAGAAAGGCAGUAUGGCAGGGGUCUCUCUCGAUGACAAAAUCUAUGCUAUAGGCGGUGGAAAUGCGAAUGACUGUUUCUCAGAAGUAGAAAUACUUGAUCUGAAUAUUGGAAGAUGGGUCCGCACCAGAUCAAUGGUGCAAGAGAGGUUUGGCCCAGCUGCAGCACGAUUGAAUGGGGCACUCUAUGUUACUGGGGGAUAUGACGGUCAUGAAUACCUAGGGUGCAUGGAAAGAUUUGACCCUCGUGCAUAUUCAUGGACUAAAUUGAGGAGUAUGAACACAAGAAGAGGAUGCCACUCUGUGAUUGUUAUGAAUGAAAAGUUGUAUGCCAUUGGUGGUUAUGAUGGAGCUCAAAUGGUGCCGACUGUUGAAGUUUACGAGCCUCGUGUUGAUUCAUGGACAAUGGUUGAGUCGAUGAACUAUGCCAGAGGAUAUAUGGGUAGUGUGGCUCUCGGAAACACUAUCUAUGCGAUAUGUGGGAUGCAUGAUAGCGAAGAGAUCUUGGAUACGGUGGAGUGUUAUUCAGAAGGUAAAGGAUGGCAACUAGCCAACCUGAAUUCCAUUGGGCAAAGAUGUUUUCUCUCAGCUGUUGCGUUGUGAUAUGACUAUUGACUAUUGAGAACCUUUGUGAACAAAAAGGUUGUAUAUUACAUGAUUAACGUGUUAAUAGUUAACCGAUUACUUAAACCUGUAUUACGAGGACACAGAAGUUGUAGUUAAUAGUACUUGUAACUGUGUUUAUUGCGGGUUGGCUAUUGUUCAAGCCAAUAUUAGCGUUCUACCCCCCUACAUGGCUACAUGAUAAUACAACUGUGUUAAGUACUAGUGAAACACAUGAUAGGACAAAAUUAUUGUUUAGUCCAUAAUUAUUGGAGUAUUCUGUGUUCUUUCCUUGGAA